AAAUUCUUAGCUUAAGAACAACGCAGCCAGCACCGUCUGAGGUAAAAGCUUGCAGCUUUUUUCACCGGGAAAGUCCAAGUCCGCUAAUGGCUCACAACAAACGUAACUUAUCUGGUAGCUUCAAUCCCAUUGCCGUCGUGGGUCCCGCUGCCCGCUGUCUCUUCCAACUUGUUCUAACCUACAAACGCCCUCAUCCUCCUCCUCCUUUUCCUGGAAGCUGUGAUUUGUUAGGGGUUCUGCUGCCUGUUUGGCAACCGUUAUGCUCGAGAGGAGGACCCCAUGUUGAUUGUCCGUCUAGAAGGUCCCGCAUCAGGUGGUUUUGUCUCCUUUUCGCAGUGAUCAAUGCGUGGGGGAGAUGUCAGAGGUGUAUUAAUUGAGAUCUGCAUUCUGGGUAGUUCUUAUUUGGUUGAGAGUCUUUCAUGUGACUCUAAAGUUCUUGACUUUUUUGGUUUUGGAAUCUGCUUCUGUAACCCAUGUGUGCUUCAGCUCUGAAUUGGAAUUUGAGGAAUUGGUUGUUCUGAUUUCAUUUUUCUGAUUCUGGGUUUCCUGGUGUUCGUUCGUUCGGAGCUUCUCAUAGUCUCAUGUGAGCUGAAAGUUUGUGAAUUUCCUGGCUGUGGGUUAUUUUUCCAUAUGUGUUGGAUGGUUAAUCUUCCUUUCAACAGUAUGCUUAUGAUUUGAAUGAGAAUAUGGUGAAUUCAAUAAUUCUUGCAACAUUUUCCUGCUCUUGCUAAGUUUGGUUACGGUUUCCCUUUUAUUAUUUAUAUGGCUGGAUGGUUUUGCUUCCUUUGAUUUUUGCUCUCAUGUGCUUAAGAUGUGUUGUUUUCACUGCUUUGUUCUGAUUCUGCUGUUUGCUGUUGUCUGGAAUCUCACUGAUUUGUUCUAAUCAAUGAAAAUUAUGUGCUGCUUUGUUUUCUGGUAUGUGCUGUUGUUUUCGCUGCUUUGUUCUGAUUCUGUUGUUUGCUUUUAUUUUUGUUGUUAAUCCUACUUUCUUCUGUUGAUUACUCCUCGAGAUGGUCCAGUGUAUUGUCUAAUUGUUUACAGUUAAUAGCUUUUGAGGACUAUGUUUUGGCUGCUGAUUUAAAUAAAAUUCUUUAACCAUC